AUGUCGGGCGAGAAGGCGCCGCUCAUCUCGCGUUUUGAGGCGAGUGCAGCUCCAGCUCCGCGUCCUCAGCGCUGCUCGACCAGGAAGAUAGCAUUGAAAGUACUGAGUGCCACUGCUGCUGCCGGAAUACUCUACUACAGUGUUCCCGAAGUCACGACACACCCUAUUAAAAGCAAGCUAUGCUUGACACCUGCAUGUGUGCAUGCAGCCUCAGAGAUCCUGUACAACCUCUCGCCAAAGUACAAAGAGCUCGAUCCCUGCAAUGACUUUGAGGAGCUCGUUUGUGGUGGUUGGCGAGACCGACAUGAUCUGCGUCCUGAUCAAGGGGAUGCAUUCACGGGCACUAUCAUGAACGAGAACUCAGAGUUACUGCUUCGUCACAUCCUGGAGGCGCCAUAUCCCAAGGACUCGGAGCAUUCAUACUUCUCUCCAAUGCAGCUGCAAACUGUGCAGAAAUCUGCCGAUGAGGAGAACUUCGACAAGAUGAAAUCUGUUUAUGAUGCCUGCCUCGACGAGAACAAGAUCAAAAGCCUCGGCGCUGAACCACUUCUCAAAGUCCUCGCCGAAAUCAAACAAGCGUAUCCAGAGGGCGAUGCUGCAUCCCUUCUCGCAAGGUAUGGAGUCACUGGUCUGAUCGCGACAGGAACCGGUGCCGAUGAUCGUGACCCCGACACUGUUGUGGUAUCUGUCGCCGCACCCUACUCAUUCGGUCUGCCAAGCAAAGAGCGUUACGAAGACGAGAAGCUGGUCGAGAAGUACCGCGGUGUCACCGUCAAAGUACUCAGUGCUCUCUACCCUGACGCAAAGGAAGAGUCUUUCUCCAGGAUCAUUGAUUUCGAGAAGAAAUUGGCAGCUGCUUCGCCUAGUACAGAGGAUCGCGAUGACGUCACUAAGUACUACAACCCAAUGAGCCUCGACGAAGCCAACGAACUGGCCCCAGAAGUUGAUUUGAAGGGACUACUUCACGAGCUUGCACCUAAGCACGUUGGUGUCGACCGUGUUAUUGUCAUGGCCCCAGACUAUCAGAGCAAGCUCUCUUCUAUCCUUAACGAAACCGAUAGCGAGGUUGUGAUGAAUUAUUUCGUGUGGAAGGCUGUACAGUCCUUCUCAGGAUAUGUGGAUGCGGACGAAGUCAAGCCCUAUAGAAGAUUUGUCAACGAGCUUGCAGGCAAGGACCCUGACUCCACACCCGAACGGUGGCGCAAGUGUGUCGGUCAUGUUGAUGACGGUGUGGGCUGGAUUUUGAGCAGGUUCUUCGUUGAGAAGGCCUUCUCUGCUGAAGCCAAGAAGUUUGGCGAUACCAUUAUCACUGACAUCAAGACCGAAUUUGCCAAGAAGCUUCAGGCAACGAAGUGGAUGGAUAAGGCUACCACCAAGCAGGCAAUCAACAAGGUCCACAACAUCAUCCAGAAGAUUGGCUACCCCACGAAGAGCCCAAACAUCAUGGACCCUCCAAGCCUUGAGAAGUACUACGAUUCUGUCAAUGUCUCGUCCAGCACCUUCUUCCAGAACGCUCUCUCCGUACGCCGCUUCGCUGUUGAUGACGAAUGGUCAGCAUUGGGUAAGCCUGUCGAUCGCGAUCAGUGGGGUAUGACCGUUCCUACAGUCAAUGCAUACUACAACCCACCUGGCAACGAGAUCGUCUUCCCGGCUGGCAUCAUGCAAUUCCCCGUCUUUGAUGUCAACGUACCUGCAUACAUGUCUUACGGUGCGUUCGGGUCCGUUGCUGGUCACGAGCUCAGCCACGCUUUCGACUCUACUGGCCGCCACUACGAUCAGAACGGUAACUACACAGACUGGUGGUCCAACGCGACCGUUGACGCCUUCAAGGAGCGCGCCGAGUGCUUCGUCAACCAGUACUCCAACUUCUCUGUCCCUGGCACCGACGACAAGCCUCUCCACGUGAACGGACGUCUCACCCUUGGCGAGAACAUCGCGGACGCUGGCGGUCUCUCUGCUUCUUACCAGGCUUGGAAGCGCCGCUCUUACAAGAAGCCCAACCAGGACCUCCCAGGUCUUGAGCACUUUACCCAAGAUCAACUUUUUUUUGUCACUUACUCGAACUGGUGGUGCGGCAAGUCGCGCAAGGAGAAUGCCAUCAACAGAAUCUAUACCGACCCUCAUGCACCUAAGUGGGCUCGCAUUCUGGGUACGAUGGCCAACAGUCGCGAAUUCAGGGAGAGCUUUCAGUGCAAGGACAAGAAGCCUACUUGCCAGCUGUGGUGA